AUGAGAAGCAAGGAAAAAUUAAUAAAAUCUCCAAACGUCAAGUUGAUUGCUAAUAACUUUGUUUAAUUCAAGUCUAAGUAAGCAAAGUAAAAUCCUUACUACUAGAUAAAAAAUGACUGCUCAUCUGCAAAAGCAAAUGAGAGUAGCGAUGCCAUUAGCAGCAGUCAUAUGAGCAACACUAUCUUUGCAAUAAAUGGACAAGGGCUUUCACCUGUUUCUCAAAGAGAGUAAUCCGUUAAUAAACUAGAGUUACUUGAAUAGAAGGUGGAAUUUAUAGAAGCAUAAAACAUCCUCCUAAGGUUGAGACCAAAGUCUAACAGAGAUAACAGUAUUAUCUCAAAACAACCAAUUAAUUUAGAGAACUUUGAAAGUCUGAACUUCCACACUAAUACUACAAAUAUAAACACAUCUUAAAAUGUUACAGCAAUAAAUCAUAAAAAGAAAAUGAAAAUAGAUAACAAUUCCUCUUCGGAUGAAAUAUCUGCUGAAGGUUUAAAUGAAUCUCCCUCUGUUAAAAAUCUUGAUGGGCAAAAUCCAAAGCUAUUGAAUUAUUUGAAACAUCCAAUCACUCUCAAAAGCAUUGGUAAGUUUGAAAGUUGUGAAAUAACAAUAGAUGAAUUAGAUUCUAGAACAAGAAGCAUUGAAAUCAUUUAUGAUUAAAAAGGAGAUGAAGAUGACGCAGGUGAAAUUCAGUAAGAUGACAUAGAAGAGAAGGUAGAAGUUCAAAAUAAUAGAGACAGGAGUCCGUAAAUUAAGCUGCAUAAUCAAAUUUCACAGUAUUCCUCGAUAUCAUCAGUCAAAAAUUAAUUCACUCCUCAUAAUAAAGCAAAAGCUCUAGUGAUAAAAAACAAAACUGUUAUGAACUACCAAGACAUACUGAAAUAGAAAGGGUCAAAGUGCAGUUGUGAUACGAAUGCUGGCAACUAUUUUCAAAAUGCGUAAAAUAGUAUGGCUGCCAUUAUUAAUUUGAAAAAAUCUCAAAACUCUAAGAUUGUUAUCAAUGAAACACUAAAUUUAUAGACAAAAUAUCAAGAUCUUGAAUAAUUCCCUCAAGAGAAAUGUGGGCCUUACUGCAAAAAUUUGAAUGGAAAGGAAUAAAAAUACAUAAUAAAGUAAUUGAUGAAGAAGCAAUCAGCAAAGUAUGGGAACGAUGAUAAAAAUCUGAAAUAUGUAAAUUAGUCAAAUCAGGGGAAAGUAGGCGAGAGAAAAUACUUGAUUAGCUCAAUGUGGUGGAGGCAAUGGUGUGAUUUCGCUAAUUUUGGAGAGGCUAUGGAUUAGUCCAUGAAUACAUAAGAUUUUGAUCUCAAAUUAAAAGGAGAUAAUUCAAGGGAUUUACUGAAUGAUGGGAGAAAUAACUAUCUCAAAGAAAGUUUAAUUGAGCAUUUUGAUUAUGAAGUAGUUUCACAACUUAUUUGGAAUCACCUUUACAGUUGGUAUUCUGCUGAUUGGUGCAUAUCUAGAGUAAUUAAAGCAGAUAAAUACAACAAUCACAAAAUCUACUUAGACCUAUAUCCAGGUAUUAUUGAUUUUAUUCAAAUUAAACAGAGGAUGCAUAUUCGUGAUUAGUAAAAGCAAUAGUUUUUGAAUUAACUACCAUAAUUCUACUUAUUUUGUUGUACUUUUAAAUCUUUCCUUUUUAAUCCUAAAUUAAUUUGA